AUGGACGGACCAUCGCAAUCAUCAAAUCCGGGCGAACAGGACGACGAUCCGGACGUGAAGAAGCCAAAUGAGCCUGAGGCUAAGCAGCGAAGAGCGCGUGUAAGAGUCACGUCGAGAGCAACAGAAGUACCGCCAUUGCCACAUAGUCCACCUCGAACACGGCCUCAACAUCGAACCAGCUUGUCCCCAAGGCCACCAUCUAUCCUUCGAGGACCAUCUCGGGAGCCAUCGCCAUCUGGACGACCAGAAGACGAUCCCAACUGUCCACGAGACCGUGCUGCAGCCGCUGCACAAAGUCGAGGUCAUGCCUUGGCUAACACUGUUUGGCGCGACACACCUAGCAUUUCUGCAAGGUCAUCGUUUGAGUCGAUCUCAUCAUCAUCAUCAUCUGGAGACAGCGAUUACAACCUUCUAGGUAACCAGCAAGAUAUCGCCCUGCAGCCACUCGGGGAGCAAACACAGGCUUCGGACGAGCAGUAUGGAACUGCACAAACCGCGAUUUCCUUUCAAGAUGGAGCCUCUGUCGAAGUGGAGGCACAGAAACCUACAGCUGAGGCUGGUGAAGCAUUAGGCACGUCUGAUUCUACAGACACCACUAAGCCUGAGGAGAAGCCGAAGACCGAUUCCAACGAGAUUUACAACACCUCUGUCGAUGGCUUGUACCACGUGCCAGCACCUGAGCGCUAUCGUGGAGGUGUGCUAGGGCAGAUGCUGAAGUUGUACAAGCAGCCAGACUUCCAAUCAAUACGAGAAGGACUGGCGUCCUCAUCCAAACAUGCAAGCCCGAAACAUCGGCGCUCUCCUUCCGAUGUCGAGACUGUAUCGACGACACCGGAACGCAGGAAAUGGUACGACCAGAACGCCUCCCAGGAUACAUUGGCGACCCUGAUCGGAGCUUCUACCAACCUUGCUAAGCCUGCUCAACCACAAGAUGGUAUUAAGAAGCCUCGCCAUCAUAAGCGGGAUCAUAGCUUGGCUAGUCGCUUUAGCCAAUUCUUUAACCAAGAAGAAGCACAUGUGAAACAACACAUAGCAGGGAUCGUGGCCAGGCGAGAGUUCAUCCUCAAGUGUUGCCGCGCGUUGAUGCUCUACGGCGCGCCGACCCACCGGUUAGAGGAGUACCUCACCAUGACCGCACGAGCGCUGCAGAUCGAAGCUCAGUUCCUCUACAUCCCUGGAUGCAUGAUCAUAUCUUUCGACGACGCCGAAACACAUACCACCGAGGUGAAGCUGGUACGACUAACACAAGGUAUCGACCUGGGCAGGCUGAAAGACGUCCAUCGGAUCUACAAAGAAGUGAUUCACGAUGUCAUUGGCGUCGAAGAUGCCACUGCCCAACUUGAGGACCUCAUGGUGAAGAAGGCCAAGUUCCAUCCUUGGCUUCGUGUGCUCGUCUUCGGCCUCACGAGUGUCACCGCAGCGCCCUUUUCCUUCGACGCAAGACUUAUCGAUCUACCGCUAUCUUUCUGUUUUGGAUGCGUAGUCGGAGCACUGCAGCUAAUCGUUGCGCCGAUGUCACCGCUUUACAGCAAUGUCUUUGAAGUGAGCGCGACGGUGUUGAUCAGCUUUUUGGCAAGAGCGUUUGGAAGCAUACGAGGCGGUGAUCUGUUCUGUUUCUCGGCUUUGGCACAGGCUGGUAUUGUCAUGCUGCUGCCAGGGUACAUGUUCUUGUCUUCCUCGCUUGAGCUCCAAGCCAAGUCGAUCGUCGCUGGCUCCAUCAGAAUCGUCUACGGCGUAAUCUACUCCCUCCUUCUUGGCUUUGGCAUUACCUUGGGCGCAGCACUUUACGGCAUGAUCGACAACAAUGCAACCUCCGAACUCACCUGCAAAGCACCAAUGCCUGGAACAUAUGGCUUCAUCUUCGUCCCCUUCUUCGUGCUAUGCAUCAGCAUGCUGUACCAGGCUAAGUGGAGGCAAAUGCCAGUCAUGGUCUUGGUAGCAUUUGCCGGCUACGUCGUGAACUCCUACAGCAGCAAACGCUUCAACUCCAGCCCUCAGAUCGCCAGCACGCUUGGUGCGUUUGCUGUCGGUGCUUUGGCCAACCUUUACUCCAGGUUUCGACAUGGAGUCGCUGCAGCGAUCUUGAUCCCGGCAAUUUUCACGCAGGUGCCUGGAGGCCUGGCGAGUACUGGAGGACUUUUGAGUGGGUUACAGGUUGCGAACGAGAUUAACAACGUCACAUCCGCAGUUAACACCACCACUGCUGACCCGAUGGGCUUGGGAACAGGUUCAAGCUAUAUUGUUUUUGGGGUCGCGAGCAGCAUGAUACAGAUUGCUAUUGGCAUUACUGUUGGAUUGUUUUUGAGCGCUUUGGUGGUGUAUCCACUUGGCAAGAGGAGGAGUGGGUUGUUCAGCUUCUAA